CCCUUCCAAUUUUUAUAUUGUCCCAAAAAUAGAAGGGUAUUAUAGUCUUCGAAGCACCAACACAGAUAACGGAAAAUCCACUCCGUCUCUACAUAACCGCUUCAAGAAACCCAAAUCAAGAAACAGAGAAGUAAACCUCCGAAAAAAGGUUUAACAAUGGCGGCGAGAGCAAGAAACAUGAAGAACCCAUUCUCCACGAUGAUCCCCUCACCAUUUUUCCACUUAGUCUCCGUCUCCCCUCUAACUUCAUUUCUUUUCUCCCCCCAAAGAAACCACACAAACAAACUCUUCUCACCAUCAUCAAGAAUCUUCUCUCUGUUCUUCAUUUCACUUCUCAUUUGUUUCACACUACUGGGUAUGUUUUCCCUCAGCUUAUUCCCCAUUUUUCAAGAUUCCGUCUCAUGCAAUUCUUUCAUCUCCCCUUCAUCAUCUUCUUCACUCGCAUUUUCUUCUUCCAAAUCGCACCGUCUUUUAUCAUCUUUUUCUUCAAGAUCUUUGUCGAAUGUAAAAGAUGAUAAGCUGGGACUGUCGAGGAGUGUUAUGGUGCCGUUACCGGCGCAGGGGAUCAGUGGGAAUGUGUCCAAGGAGGAGAGGGAGUUUUGGGAGCAGCCUGAUGGGGAAGGUUAUAAGCCUUGUUUGGAUUUUAGUAUCAAUUAUCGGAAGGAAUCCUCGAGGAUUUCUAAGGAGAAGAGGAGAUUCUUGGUUGUUGUUGCUUCGGGUGGAUUGAAUCAACAGAGAGCUCAGAUUGUUGACGCGGUUGUUAUUGCUAGAAUUCUUGAAGCUGCCAUGGUUUUGCCCGUUUUGCAGGUUAAUCUCAUAUGGGAAGAUGAUAGUGAAUUUUCAGAUAUAUUUGAUGUGGAGCAUUUCAAGAGGAUUUUACAAGCUGAUGUAAGAAUUGUGUCAUCUCUUCCCUCUAGUCAUUUGAUGUCCAGACAGUCUGUUGAAAAUCAGAUCCCUAUUGAUGUUUCACCUUUAUGGAUUCGUGCCAGGUUCUCCAAAAAGUUGAAUGAAGAAGGCGUUCUCGUACUAAAAGGGCUAGCCUCCAGGCUCUCCAAGAAUCUUCCACCAGAUUUGCAGAAACUCCGAUGCAAGGUAGCUUUUCAUGCUUUGAGAUUUGCAGCACCAAUUCAGGAACUUGGGAAUAGGCUUGCAAGGAGAAUGUGGAUUGAAGGUCCAUACAUUGCCCUUCAUCUUCGUCUCGAAAAGGAUGUAUGGAUUAGAAGUGGAUGCCUUACCGGUUUAGGCUCAGAAUACGACAAAAUUAUCUGUCAAGUUCGAGAUUCCCAAAGCGAAUACCUGACUGGAAGGUUAAACAUGAGCCACACAGAGCGAAGACUCGCUGGUCUAUGUCCACUUAAUGCAGCUGAAAUGGCUAGGUUUUUAAAGGCUUUAGGGGUGCCGAGCAAUGCAAGAAUAUACAUAGCAGGAGGCGAGCCAUUCGGAGGUGUCAAAGCUGUACAGCCACUUAUUGCAGAAUUUCAAAAUCUAGUAACUAAGGACAUGUUGGCUAGAGAAGCAGAACUCACUCCAUAUAUCAAGAAAGCUUCUGCUUUGGCUGCAAUUGACUACAUUGUCUCACUUAGCUGCAAUGUGUUCAUACCAUCUCAUGGCGGAAAUAUGGGCCGCCUCUUGCAGGGUCACCGAGCCUAUGUGGGCCACUGGAAAUCGAUAAAGCCUAACAAGCGAGCGAUGAUUCCUUUCUUCGAAGAAUCGUCGCUAUCGGAUGCAGAAUUCGGAAGCAUCGUCAGGAUGCUACACAGGAAAUAUAAUGGCCAUCCUGAGUCAAGAAGUAACAAGAGAGACCGAGAUGUGAUUGCAUACCCAGUUCCUGAGUGCAUGUGCAAACACAACACACCAAUUUUUUGA